AUGCAAAGAAGGUCCUCAGAGAUUGGCAGAGGAAACAAUCCAACGCAGACACACGCAUUUGCCUCCUGCCGACGCUCAAAGCCAGACACUGGGAUUAUCUCAUUCAUUGCUACAAACCCAAAGAUGAGCGCCUCUCAUAUCCCUGAUGACAACUCUUCAACCCUUACAAAAACGUCUUCACACCCAUUGGCCCAGUCAAUGAGAACAUUGACCCUAGAGAGGGGGUAA